AUGGCUACAUCACGUAUUGAAGAAACUGAACUAGGAACAACAAAGACAACUAAAUUGAUUCCCAUAGUUCAUACAAAACCUGCGAAGAAUCCAAUUUUUUUUCCAGCAAUCUUAAUUGCUCUUCAAGCAAUUUUUAUUAUUCUUUUGGGUCUACAUGCCGAUUACGGUCAUGAACCAUUGCCUGCUACUCAUGCAGAAACAGCUCAUUCGACUAUAACCUAUCCAAAUGGAACUGUUGUUCAUGUUGAAAGUGCAGCACCAUCAGCACAUCGUGGUAUUGCCGAUUUUUAUUCAAUGUUUCAAGAUAUUCAUGUUAUGAUUUUUAUUGGUUUCGGAUUUUUAAUGACAUUUCUUAAAAAAUAUGGUUUCAGCGCUGUUGGCUAUAACUUUCUUGUUGCGGCAUUUGUACUUGAAUGGGCAUUGAUUGUUCGUGGUUAUAUGUUUGAUUUUAAUAUAGACACAAAAAUGUUUCCUAUUGAUAUUGAACGAAUUAUAGUUGCUGAUUUUGUUGCUGCAGCUAUACUUAUUUCAUUUGGUGCUGUCUUAGGCAAAACAAAUGCAACGCAAUUAAUAAUAAUGGCUUUUAUUGAAGUUUUACUUCAAUCAGCUAAUGAAUUUCUUGGACUUCGACGUUUUUGUGCUUAUGAUAUUGGUGAAUCAAUGUUCGUUCAUGUAUUUGGUGCUUACUUUGGUCUUGCUGUAUCAUAUAUGCUUUAUGAUAAAGAAUUAACAAGUAUUGAAGCAGAACAAAGAGAAAAAUCAGUUUAUCAUUCAGAUCUUUUCUCUAUGGUUGGUACACUAUUUCUUUUCUGCUUUUGGCCCUCAUUUAAUGCUGGUGUAGCAGCAUCAGGUGAUCCACGUCUACGAGCUGUUGUUAAUACUUAUAUAAGCAUUGCAUCCAGUGUGUUACUUACUUAUAUUUGCUCGUGUUUAUUUAAUAAGGAAAAGAAAUUUGAUAUGGUUCAUGUACAAAAUGCAACAUUGGCUGGAGGUGUUGCUGUUGGUACUGUUGCGGAUAAAAUAAUUCGUCCAUUUGGUGCAAUGAUAAUUGGUUCAAUAGCAGGUACAUUGUCAACAAUUGGUUUUCGAUUUAUUAAACCUGCACUUCAAAAAUUUCGAGCCCAUGAUACAUGUGGUGUUAACAAUCUUCAUGGUAUGCCAGGUUUACUUGCUGGUAUUUUUGGUAUUCUUUUAGCUUUAUUUCCUGCUUAUUCACUUCAUACGGAUAAUUUACUUAAUACAUGUUGGCAUGGAAACAAUCGAUCGUCUUUAGCUCAAGUCUGCUAUCAAGCUGCCACAUUAGGAGUUACGAUUUUAAUUGCUGUUGUCGGAGGUAUAAUAACAGGUAUUAUACUUCGUCUACCAGUAUUCAAUGAUGACCGUCCAUCAUCUUAUCAUAAUGAUCAUACACAUUGGGAAACACCAGACGAUUUUUAUCAUGAUGCAAGUGCUCCUUUAUUCUCAAGCCCCGCCGAACAGCAUUUAUAA